AUGGUUAUGAUUGAUUAUGCUGAACAUUUUUGGGUAUGUUAUGAUAAAUUCGAUUUAUUCUCUUUUUUAGGGUGAUCGCCACAUUGGGUUCCAUGUUCUUUAUGAGAAUAUAAAGAGAGGAGAGGAUAAUGUACAAGAUCUGAGCAUUUUUGUGAAGGAGAGGAUCUCUUUGGAAGAGGAAACGCUAAAAUUUCUAAACAAAUACCUUAACCGGGUAGGGAACGUAUUUUUGAUGAACUUUUUUUAUAAAUUUUUAUAUUCUACAUUUUUUCUUUUCAAUUGAUACCUAAAACAUUUAGGUCAACGGUUUUAUCGCUGCGAAUGGAGCCUUUGUGGAUUCGUGGAGGCUCACCAAAGGAACAUUAGAACUGUGGUCGGAGAUCCAAACAUCACUUCUCAAAAACUUGACCGACUUAUCCAAGGAAAUAGUCAAAUAUCAUGAUGAAUUAGUAAGAUCGAGGAAAAAAUUGAAGGAACAGGAGGUAAUUGAUGCUGUAAAUUUGAUGCAAACUACUACUACAUGUCUCCAAAAGGUCGGUUUGCUUUAAAAAUGAAGUUUGUUGUUUAGGCCAAGGAAACUUAUUCUCAACGUUGUGGAGAAGUUCUCAAUUUGAAAAAUGAAAAUGCGAAUGCGAAAGAUUUGUAUAAAGCGAAGAAUAAACUUUCCAAAGCCUACGAAGAAUACAAGGGCUAUGUGGAGAAGUAUCAAUCAGUGAGAGACAACUUCGAGGAGAAGAUGCUCAGAUCGACCAGAGCUUUCCAAGCAUUUGAUCAAGCCUAUUUGAAUCAAAUCAAAGCAUUUCUGAUAUCUUUUGCAAGGAAUGUGGAUGACGCUCAAAGUGCGAUCGCCCAAGUCACAGUUGAUUACAGACAGUCAAUGGAAAGAGUUGAUAUCGAAAAUAUAAUGCUCAGAUUUGUUGAAGAAAAGGGGACUGGAACUGAGCGACCUCGUAUGUUGCGUAAUAUUGUCGGUAUAUGAUGUGCUGACCAUGCUCAAAAUUAAUUUUUAUCUUUUUAGAAAUGGUGCGUUGGAGUGAUACUGAUGAAUUGCCGGCUGAAAUAGAUCUGGCUUCGAAUCCAGUGGGUUCAGUUUCCGCUCCGUCCUCAUCAAACUCCUCGGCCAUCGUUUCCUCGCCUCCAGAGCAACCAUCUCAGCCUUCAGUGAAUGAUUUACUGUCCUUAAACGCGCCUUGGCCGACUUCCAUUCCGGUAAGAGCAAAGCCCUCAGGGAAUAAGCAUGGGAUUGCAGAAAUCGGACACGGAUUCCGAAAAAGAGGAGGUCCAAAGUGCCGGGGGAGCAUCAUACGUACCGCCUCAGCUCUCAUCAUGGCUGGGGCGUCAGAAGAUCACACAGUGGUAAGCGAUUUAUCAUUAUCCGCGAAGGGCGUCUGAUCAGCGGGAAAAAAACUCGUUUCAGGCGGAAGAAGCACGCGUCGCAGUCAAAUCUUACCACAAUUAAUAGUCAAGAGUCUGUCCAACCAGCCGAAUUCUCGGCCAGUCUGAAUGAUAAAGGUGAGUUGGACGUUUAUUUUAGGAUUUAUAAUAUUUUAUUUAUUAUUGAACAAAAUUUGUUCAGGAUCUUUCUUGAAACGAUACAUAAAAUCCAAGGCCAGUCCAGGCUCUGAUGUCCCACCAACUGACGGAGUCAUGGAAUCAGACAAGAGAUCCGAAAAUGAGGAUGAGAAUGGCGCCACUCCUCCUGUUGAUGCUGAAGGAUACACCAUAAGACCCGAUCGGAACACAGAUGAGGUGCGCAACCAUUGGUCGAGCUGUUCUUCAGAUGAAGAUGAACUCGAAUUCCAAACCUCCAAGAUAAAGGGGCUUCAAAUCAAACCACUUAGUGAAUCCAAGGCUACGAUCAACAGCUCGGUUGACGAGAUUAGAAGUGCCGUAGGGCAUAUUCAUUUGCAACGUUCGUGUACUUUGGAUAAGGUAAAGAUAAGUUUAUUUGGAAUAUAUUUUUGUAUUUAGGAUCCAUGGUGUCCCUCAGGGUCUCAGUCUCCCUUUUCUCAGAGUCUGAACACUACACUUAAACCCAUAAGGACAGCUUUCACAGGCGAUGACCAAAUGAAUCGAAAAUUUUCAGGUAAAAGAAUGCAUAAUUAUCGUAGCUUAUUCUUGCAGAAUUCAAUUUCCCUACUGCCCCAAGCCCUCUUGACUUUUCUCAAUCUACAAUGACUGGGUUUGGAAGCUCGAUAGCAAGGGCCAGGCCAAGAGGAGGCAGUUCCCAGACGGGAUUGGCCCCUUUAAUACCCACUCGGGAUCGCCGUGUAAAUUAAACAUUUAUCUUUUGUUGAUCUUUUUAGGACUCCUUUUUGCCGGAUGAGGGUUUCCCCAUCGGUCAUUCUAUUGGAUCUUUGGGAUCUCUGGCAAAUCUGAGCCAAUGGCCUCCGUCCUCUGAUGUGCCAUCCACCAACUCCAAUUCUCCUCUGUCUUUCUCUGAAUCUCAGAAUACAUUAAGACAGACCAAGAUUCCUAUAGCCAUGGGUAUAAACGAGUUCAUUCAUGCAUGGUUCAAAUCCAAAGAGUAGGCGUUGCAAAGAAUAUGACUUAAGAAUUUGGUAUUUAGUUCUACUGUAAGAGUAUUUGGCACUGUAAUGGUAUCCUUUCCGGGCUCCUUCCUAUCUCAGCUAGAGGAUCCAAAUGACCUUAGAGAGCCUCUAAAGUUCACUCUUCGGAAUGCGAAUCAAAUAAAAUCAGUUCAACCAAACAAGAAGCUCCUUCCCGAGUGUGAUCUGCUUGGAUUACCUCGGGAAGCACUUACUUUUACGGUAAAUAAAGCUGCUAUCUCGUCCUGGGUUCUAGAACAACAAAAGGCGAAACCGAAUUCUUCGUUUUACAAUGUUGAUGUAAGUUUAAAUUCAAGAUGGCAAUCGAAUUUCAGUUGAUUCGAUAUGAACUCGUAAAUGGAUAUGAGGCUCCCUUACUGCUCAAUGCCUAUUGGAAGACCGAGGAAAAGCAGACUGACAUCAGAAUUGAUUAUCGACUAAAUCCGAGUGAGAAAUCUCUUCAGAAUCCCUUGAUUAAUAUCCAGGUGGAUACAAAAAUAACCGGAGAAGUUGAGAGUUUCCAAUCGGACCCUCAAGCGAAGCUGUAAGUUCUAACAAAGGAAUGGUGUGGACUGCAGCUUUCAACGUGAGGCACCAAAUUCUGAAAAGGCAUACAGAAUUUAGUAGGAAUCCACUUUUUUUGGAACGUCGUAAAUUGGGGAAACUAAAAAGUUUCUUUUCUCCUGUGAAGAGGUAAAUGUCGAAAUUAGGAUAAUCGAUGGUGCUGAUUUCAAAAAUAAUAUCCAUUUUUUUUUUGAUUACUGGAAAUCAUUAAAUCGAUAUCUGAAGCACGAUUCAAAAUUUUCAUAAAUUAUGCUAUGCGUAUAGGUCCCGAUGCGUAGAUGUGACUGUCUUGAGACAAUUAUGCGACCGUAAUUGAUAUUUUAGAAAGCGAAAACAUCGAUAACACUGAUAACCCAAACCAAAAAAUUUUUUUUCGCAAUUCUCUAUUUUGUACGCUCUUUCAGAACUCUUAUAUUGAAAGCUCACGGAUAGUUCACACCUUUACUUGUCAGAGGUGUGAUUCUAAUAUAAUUGUAGUAAUGAUGAUGACUUAACAUGGACAUUUACCGAAUUAACGCGACACGGGGACUCUACAGGGUCUCUAAAGGCCAGAUUAAAACUAAAAUCAGGUCCCUCGAUCCCUCAAAACACGCACAUUCAAUUCCAGGUAAGCCAUCUCAGAGAGGCUAUGAUCUUUAGACUUCAAACACAACCGCCUCCAAUGCCCAGGUUAAUCUGGAUAGUGAUGUCGGAUACCAGUUAAGUCUAGUCAGACGAAAAGUUGUGUCCGGGAAGUACUUCUGCGAGCCGGAAGUGAGAUCAUGACAUCCACAGAUUUCUAUCAAAUAUUAUCUAACAUGGAUAUCAUCGAAUAAUGCUCAGCCAGCACCUAUAUGGUUACAUAUGGUGUUAUUAAUUUAUUUGUAAUAAAUUUAACAAAAUUCUACUCGGAAUCUCAUCGUUCUCAAUGUUAAAUAAUCGGUCGUUCAUCUGAAUAUGUUCAAAUUACGAAGUCGUGUGUUAUAUCCGGUACGUGGGACCGUUAACAAAGCGGGCCGAGACGUUAUCCGCCCCUAUUGGUAUGUCUCCCAGUUCGAUAAUCGAGGAAGAAUCGAAAGAGCUGGCCCUCAGGACCUCGAAGCACUCUCAAAAUUUACGAGCAAUGGAUUUGCGACAUCUGAACCUCUGACAGUCGCGCUGGGUAAUAUUUUUGAUUAUAUCUAGUGCUGAUGACAUCACGUUGCAUUACUACAUAGUAUAAAGAGAAAAUGAUUGCAGGCAUUCCAGCGGAUGUUGUCAAUCCAUAUUUCAAAAGCCGAAUCGAGCAAUCCCUGAAAUCUCGCUACUGUCUAAUGGCCUUCUAUCUGGGCAAGUUGGUCGGAGCACUCAUCGCAAGGGAUAUCCAAGUCAAAUAUACAGAUGAGAACAUCAUCAAAAAAGAGAUUAAACCAGAUUAUAAGGACGGUAAAGCAACUAAGCUAAGACUUUUAUUAUUCAGAAAUCGACAGGGUGAUGGAGGAUGGAUGCCCAGACAGACGAUUGGCCAGAAUGAAGGUUCUGAUGGAGAAAUGGGAGAAGAUAAUCCCGAAUCUCAUACCUCCAAGUGUCAAGAAGGUACUAUACAUUGAACAUGGAUGCAUCCUGCCUGAAUACAGAGGGUAAGAUAACAAAAAAAUAUUAAUAACACUUGCAGGGGUUUACUAGGAAAGAUUUUACUCCAGGACAUCCGGAAACUUGCGCAUCAAGACGGAAUCUCUCACUUUAUCACUGUGGUCACUUCUAAAAAUGCCAAUAGACAUUAUAGUCAGGUAAAACAGACAAUUGAGAUAAAACCUUGCAGAUGUGUGAGGUCAAGUUUGUAUUCGAACUGUCUAAAUUCAUUGAUGGAGGAAAGAAAGUUUUCCCAGAAAAAGAAGAAAUGCUUCAUCAAAGCGAGAUGGCAUUCUUGGCCAUGGGAGAGACUGAUGAUCCUAAUUCUACCGAAGUUGAAUAG